AUGGAAACGCCGGAAUUCUUCCACGGCGGUUACUACGAGGGGGAGUUCUCGCCGGACAAGCGGGUGCUGGAGAAGAAUGGGGAUAAUUUUAUCGUGGAGGAGCUCUUGGACUUGCCCAAUGACGACGGCUUGGUGGCCGUCACUGACGGCGGGGCACUCGAGGCCACCGGGGAUUCCUCCACCGUCACCGCCCUCGAAAACUCCUGCAACUCCUCCUUCUCCGGCGAAAUGACUUGCCACCACCUCUUGGACGGGCAGUUUUCCAGUGACUUCUCCGUUCCGUACGAUGAUUUGGCUGAGCUGGAGUGGCUGUCGAACAUCGUUGAGGAACCGUUUUCGAGUGAAGACAUGGAGAAGAUGCAGCUUAUAUCAGGAAUCAAGGCCCGAAAUGACGAAGCUUCUGAAGCUCAAAUAGUCCAGCCCGACAACACCCGGGUAAAUGCAGUGCCCAUGUUCAGGCCCGACGUGUCCAUCCCGGCGAAGGCGCGUAGCAAGCGCUCGCGCGUCGCGCCCGGGAAUUGGACGUCAAGAAUCUUGGCUGUCUCGGGCCCGACAACCAAUACCACUUCCACCACCACCAUCACCACUGCCACUGCGAUCAUGCCCACACCCACCAUUUCCUCAUCCUCAGAGUCUGACAUUGCCUUGAACCACCCCCGAAAGAGGAUGAAAGCGACAAUGAAAAAGAAGGAAAGUUCCGCCAGUGGCGGGGCCGGGGCCGCCGCUGCCUUGAGCAACAACAGCGAGGGCCGGAGGUGUCUCCACUGCGACACGGACAAGACGCCGCAAUGGCGAACCGGGCCCAUGGGCCCGAAAACGCUCUGCAACGCUUGCGGUGUGAGGUACAAGUCGGGCCGGCUCGUGCCCGAGUAUCGGCCCGCAUCCAGCCCGACGUUUGUCCUCGCCAAACACUCCAAUUCCCACCGGAAAGUCCUGGAGAUCAGGAGGCAAAAAGAACUCCUUCGGGCCCAACAUCAACAACCACAAUUCCUUCAUCAAAACAUGAUGUUUGAUGUAUCCAAUGCCAAUGAUUACUUGAUUCAUCAACAUGUGGGGCCCGAUUAUCGACAGCUAAUCUAG